AUGCUCAAUCUUUCGUGGUCGAAGGCUUUUCCAAUGUCACGCAGCAGCCCAGAGAGUGUCAUUCGGCACAGUCCCAAGCACAUGAAACGGCUUGAUUCGCCUUUAGGUAUCAGCCUUGCUCAGAGCUCACCUGGACAUCUCACCAGGACGGAGCUUCUAAGCUCUUUCGCACCUAUGUCGCUGUUCAACUCAGUACUUGGCUCUCUCUCUCCUAAGUUCCGCAAUUCCUUCGAAGAUCCGUAUGCACGCGAUCAUGAGCUCCCGCUCUACAACUCUCCACCUAUGUCCCCGCGGAUACCUCCACCGAUAGCUUCGACGGUGCUGCGGAGCGCUCCGCCUUCUAUUUCCCCACCCCCGAGGGUCCCCGACGAUCUUUUGGCCCUGCAACGGAAAGCUCGUCAUCUCGAACAACAACUCCAAGAACUACUCGACGCACAAGCAGAUGGGUUGAUGAGCGGCCUCGCAGGUAACGACAACUCGCAAGAUGAAAGUUUCUCCAAUGGAAGCACCACACCGACAGUCAGCAGUAUUAGAGGGAAUGAUAGAAGUGCAGAGAACGGCGAAUACGGACCUCAUCCACGAAAGAGGAAGAUUGGACUGAAUGCCGCCAGAAGGGGCAUUUUCAGGCGGAUACAGCAACUGGCAGCCGUCAAAGCUGAAGAGAUGGACAUGCUGGAUCAAGAUCUGAGGGACCUGCAAGCUAUUUGGGAGAAGACGGAUAUUUGGACACACAAGCGCUCUCGCUUGGAGAAGAGGAUCUCGGACAUUGGGGGAGAAGGCACUGGCGCACGAGCAAAGGCUUUACAGGAAGAUGCAUCAAAACUGGAACAGGAGAUACGCCAGAAGGAGGAAGAACUGUGGGCACUGAAGGCACGCCAUCGUCGAAUGCUUGAUGAGCUUGCGGAUAGCGAGAACUCCAUGGAAGCAAAACUUUCAUCUUACAAAGCCUCGCUAUCAAUCCUCGACAAGGAGAUUGCUUCUUUUCUCGCACGACCGCCAGAUACCGACCAUAUCUCACUUUCUCCGUCUCCGUUCCUCUCUCUCCCCCCGAAACGACGCACACUCGAAAUGGCGCAUGACUACUGGAAAGACGAACACUCGCGGCUGGCAGAGAAAUGUCAAGAGGUGGAUAUUGAUCGCGCUGCUUUGGAUGAAGGUGCGGUGCUGUGGAAUAACGUGGUCAAGAGGGUAGUGGAUUUCGAGGCGAAGCUUCAGAACCACAUGCAACAGGCGGGACGAAACAGUGGCGCAGACCCUUCGAAUUUACUUUCUCAAAUGGAGACGGCAAUAAGUUUCCUGGAAGAAAAGAUGGACCUUGCUACCUCUAGGAACUGGAACCUGCUCGUCUGUGCUAUUGGUGCCGAACUGGAGGCUUUCAAGCAGGGUCAGGAAAUCUUGCAAGAAGUGCUAGGAUUGAGUAUGAAAGUGAAGGGGAAGGCCAAGGUUUCAAAUGAUUUAAUUGAUACUGAGAGCUCGAAUACAGAGAGUGAGGAUGAAGGGUCCUUGUCUGCCAUACGGAUUGGUCGGUCGCCGAAGCCCUCAAUACCGCUAAAGCCGAAAUUCUUCGAUACAGAUGACGAGGACCCCGAUCCGGAGCUUAUGAUAUCGCAUCAGGAUACCGACACGGAUUAACGUAUUCCAAAGGGUUACCCCCUAGGCAUUUUGGCAUCCUUGGGUAGACGGAUUGGAUGUUCCUGUUCGGCAAUAGACUGACUGUUCCUAGUAUU